AUGCUAGUUAUUGGUAAGCUAGCACCGAGAUGGAACGUACCCAUUAUUGCGCACAUGUCUGGAGAUGAUGCUCUUAGCGAUCGUUCUGUCUUUCCCACUCUUGGAUCUGUGGCCUUAACGUCGGCCAGCGAGAUGGCUCGGGCUACUCUGACGUUUUUGCAGUUGAACAAUUGGGAUCAG